CAGGGGCCCAGAGGCCGCAAGACCCCCAGGACGCGCCGAGCUCCGCCCCGUAGCCCGCGGGUUGGGGACUCUCUCCCCCGCGGGGGCCGGGAGAGGUGGUGCCCGCGCCGCGUCCUGAGCGGAUGCGGCCUGCGCGGCGCGGCCCCACGCCCUCCGCCCAGCCCCCCUGCGGCCGGCUCGCAGUCCCGCACCCGCACCCGCACCCGCACGCUCUGCUCCGCCACCUCCGAGGGCCUGGCGUCCGAGAGAGGAGCCCGGGCCCCAGGGCGCACGAUGACCGCCCCCUCCAGCCCUGGCUGUCGGGCAACGUGGGGCCAGCCCUCUGGCCCCGACUGGCGGAACGCAGGAGGGGAUAGAGGCGCCCGCCGCGGGACUGCUUCCAGCUGGCGGCAGCCGGGACCGAGCUGCGUCCCGGGUGAAACUGACCCUGCCUGUCUGGCGCCGCUUCUGCGACAAGGCCCGCGGAAAGACGCCGCGGCGCCUCUCCUCCGACCUUCUUCCUCUCCAAGCAGGUCAUCAUAGCCUUAGCAAAUCCGCCCCCCCCAACUCAGAAAUUGUCAUUUUGAAGGACAAAGAAGUGUGGCCUAGAGAUGUUUUGUUUCACUGUCCCUCGUGCUAAAAAGGGGGCUCCCCUGGCGUGGCGCGCCAAGUAGGGGGCUGCUAGGGGAAUGAGCCGGAAUGCGGAGAGGGGAGGGCGCAAUCACUGCCCGGCGUGCCAAGGCCCGGGAGACACGCGGACCCUCCGUAAUCCUCCUCCCCCCGCGGCCACAGCCCACCCCGGGACCUCAGGGGACGCACUUGGGCAGCCCCGCCCGCCGGCGCACUCGUCUCCAGCCCUCUCCGCCCCUCCUGGCGCACUGCGUGGUGCGCCUAGUUCCCCGGACCGGGCAGAGCGGCGGCUGCGCUGAGGACACACCGCACACCUCCCGCCCUCUGGUCGGGGCGGCUCCGGGCCCACCCCCAGAGCAGGCCCUCGGGGUGGGGGGUGCGGACGCCGCCAGCGCCGCAGGUGCAGCCCAGAGGCCGCGCGCCGAUUUUAUUUGUCAGAGAGAGCACAAUCAGGGGGAACCGCAGGCAGAGGGAGAAGCAGACUCCCCGCUAAGCAAGGAGCCCGAUGCGAGACUCGAUCCCAGGACCCCAGGAUCAUGACCUGAACGGAAGGCAGACACUUGACUGAGCCACCCAGGCAUCCCUGUUUGUUUUUUCAUGUUGUCUUCACAAGAGCUCUGAGGGUGGACCCAGUUGUGGGCUGGGGCCUGGGGCCCGGGGCCCAGAAGGUCCAGAAGGGUGACAAGGGGCCCUUCGACGUGGAGGCACUGGAUGAAAUCAGAAUGAGAUGCGUGGUCAAGUUGGAAAAGCAGCAGAUGCAGGUCCGUGGAACCAGAACAGCAUCUGUAGUGGACUGAGAAGCCAUUCUAGGCUCUUGGCGUGGGGUCUUGGCUAGCAGUUUGAUCUGAAGAUGGCAGUCCGGGCACUGUGGGGCAGCCUCAGCCUGCUCCGCCUGCUGUGGUGCCUCCUGCCACAGACAGGCUACGUGCACCCGGAUGAGUUCUUCCAAUCACCUGAGGUCAUGGCAGAGGACAUCCUGGGCGUCGAAGCUGCGCGGCCUUGGGAAUUCCACUCCAGCAGCUCCUGCCGCACGGUGCUCUUCCCACUGCUGACCUCCGGCUCCGCCUUCUGGCUGCUCAGGCUCUGGGAACAGUGGGGGCCGUGGCCGGGCCCCGUGAGUGGCUACGUGCUGCUGGUGGGGCCCCGACUCCUCCUCACUGCCCUCUCCUUCGCCUUGGACUUGGCCGUGUACCGCCUGGCCCCGCUGUGGGGGGCGGAGCGCUGGAACGCCCUGGUCCUGCUCUCUGGCUCCUAUGUCACCCUGGUCUUCUACACGAGGACCUUCUCCAACGCCAUCGAGGGACUGCUCUUCGCGGGGCUGCUGGUGCUGGUGUCCCCCCGGUUAGCUGGGAGCCCCACACCCAGGAAGCCUGCUCCGGGCCCGUGGGCGCACAGCUGGCUCCUGGGGGGCAUCGUGGCUGCUGGCUUCUUCAACCGGCCCACGUUUCUGGCCUUUGCUCUGGUCCCACUCUUCCUCUGGAGCACCUGUGGGGCCGCAGACCCUGGCUUCAGGUCGCUGGCGAAGGAAGCCCUGGCGCUGCUCCCCGGGGCGAGCCUCGUGGCGGCCGUGUUUGUGGCUGUGGACAGCUGGUAUUUCUCCAGUCCCUCUCAAUCCAGUACCCUUGUUCUUACACCUGCCAACUUCUUGUACUACAACCUGGAUCCUCAGAACCUGGCGAGGCAUGGCACACAUUUGCGGCUCACUCACCUGGCAGUCAAUGGUUUCCUGCUCUUCGGGAUGCUGCAUGCCCGGGCCCUGCGCGCGGCGUGGCAACAGCUGCAAGGCUGCCUCCGGGCCUUUGCACAAAUGCGCUUCCGGAGGGCUCUGGGGGGCCGGAGCCUGCUGUCUGGCCCCGGGUCUCACCUCCUGCUCCUCUACUUCACGCCUCUGGCCCUGCUAUCUGCCUUUAGCCACCAGGAGGCUCGGUUCCUGAUCCCCCUCCUGGUCCCCCUCGUCCUGCUUUGUAGUCCACAGACCCAGCCUGUGCCCUGCAAGGGCUCCCUGGUCCUCUUCAAUGUCCUGGGUGCCCUCUUCUUUGGCUGCCUGCAUCAGGGGGGCCUAGUGCCCGGCCUGGGGCACCUGGAGCAGGUGGUUCAUGCACCUGCGCCCCCCAGCCUACCCACCCACUACACACUCCUCUUCACCCACACCUACAUGCCCCCCCGGCACCUUCUCCACCUCCCGGGCCUGGGCUCGCCCGUGGAGGUGGUGGACAUGGGCGGGACCAAGGACUGGGUCCUGUGCCGAGCCCUGAACAACUUCACAAGACAACCAGCCUGCCAGGUGGCUGGUGGGCCGUGGCUCUGCCGCCUUUUUGUGGUGACCCCCGGCACCGCCAGGCCUGCCAUGGAGAAGUGCCACUUCCCUCUCAAGAGUGAGACACUCCUGUUUCCCCACUUGACCCUGGAAGACCCACCAGCCCUGUCCUCACUGCUGAGCGGGGCUUGGAGGGACCAUCUCAGCCUCCACAUCUUGGAACUAGGGGAGAAGCCUGACAAUGUGACCGAAAAGCCACCGCCCACGAUUCAGCCAUAGGGGAAGGCACCACUCCACCUUCUCUGUGGGUAGCUGGGCUGGAGCAGAGCCCUGAUUCUCUUCCUUUCCUUUCCCUUCCGCAAUUCCCACUACUGCCUCUCCUGUGCCUAGGCUUUGGCUGCUCUGCCUUCUGGGUAAGCUGGCACCCUUUUCCCCUUACAGACCAAAGAUCUGGCCAGGGUCCCCAAAGAAGCUGGUGUAACCAAUGUCGGGUGAACAGCCCCAUGUCUGUUCCUGCCCUAUCCCUUCUAGCCACUGUGAUGUUUUGGAAUGUAAGAGCACCUGGUUAUGAAAGGAGAGAGAUCUGCUAAUGACAUUCCUGAAUGACCUCUCUCAAACCUUCCAGGACGCCUUACCUCUUGCCGUCAUGAUAACCCUCCGGCUUCCUGGGUCACCGGGAAGGAGGCAGUGUGGUGAUGUAGAGAGAGCAGGCAGCUCCGACUCCAGAGACCCGACGUCUAGUCCCUGGUCUGCCUGCCACUCCCUGGCUGUGUGGUCUUAAGAAAGCCCCUUCCCCUCACCUAGCUUCAGUUCCCAAUCUCUCCAGUGGAUAAAAGCAUCUAAGAGGUGUCUGCCAGCUAACACUGCGUCAUGCCCUGGUCUGCAGCACAUGUCCCCUGGCUAAACAGGCACAUCUGUCCCAAAGCUCUUUAAGCAGCAUGGGUGUGGCACUCUGGUGCCUGCUGUCUCAUUACCAAAACAAGUAGUUCUGGAACUUUUCUCCCCAUCCUCCUCUACGCCUGUCCCCGAGAGAGGGGGUGGGACCUUUCUGCAUCUCACCCUUUAAGGGUCAUUCUCUGGGACUGGGGAACCCAGAUGUUCUCCCUCCUCAGCCUGCCCGAGUGGGAAUGGAGAACACACAAUGCUGUUAGCUGGCUGCACUUGAGAACUCUCUGGUGCUCCCAGAGGCUUCUUAAAUGCGAUCUGGUCACUGUCCAAGCUCAGAAACCUCUUCACAGGAUGGAGCGGAGCACCUGCUGCUCUGGUGAAAGCCAUCACAGCCCAGGCGCAGUGCUCCCCACAUUUGGGGCACCGCUGCCAAUCCACUGGCAACGUGAGGAGCUGCGGCACUCGACCUGUCCUCAUCCUCCCUCCUCAAAUCCCUACCGCCUCCUGCGAAUAAGCGGCAUGCAGGCCACAGAAUCAGCGAGCUGGAAAUCAGCGCAGAGCUGGAGACCAAACCGAUACUAAUGACCAAGCCUGAGCACUCUUCUAGUCCUGCCUUCUGCUGGCUGAGGUUUGGGGCAACUGGGAGCAACGGCACCGGGUCGUGCCGCUCUGGGGCAGCUGCUCAUCUUGGCGCCACGCCCUCCUCAGGCCCCGAGCAAGAGCAGAGUCAGUGAUAUGCCGGUCAGUGCUCAGCAGCCCACUCUCUGGGGGCAGAAAAGCCCCCAUGUGUAGCAUUGGCCGAUUUCCGUGGCAUAAAUACUCCCACCUUGGCUGAUUUCAAACUACCAAAAUGAUGCUACUGAACUCCAAGUUGGGAGGAGAUGCCAAAGAUCUGCUCUCAGGAGCCAGUAGACGUUGGCUCCAGCAAACUACUGCACAUUUCCCUCUUUUAAAUUCCGUAGCACCCAUUCAUGUCAAUGCAUUGCUCUUGUGGUUUAUGUUUCUAUGAACCUCUGAUUUGUCUUCCUAUCCCUAGAGCUUAGCAUCAUCUCUGGCACACAGUAAACACUUACUGUUUACUGUGCAGCCAAAGAUGGCUUUUCUGCCCAAGUGCCAUCUUGGAGACACCCCGGACUCUAGGGUCCCAAAGCUUCUUGGGACUUUUGCCUCUUCUCUCCCCCAGUUGCAUCCACAAUCUCAGAAUUCCCUGGAGGAAUUCCAGGGAAUUGGUUGUAGCAGUCCAUGUAGAUUGUUGGUCUGGCCUCUAAUAAAUUUGUCCAUAAAGUGUUGAUAUCUAGGUCUAUGUAGCAUCAAGGGGUGAAUCAGAAUUGCCCCGCAAGAUAGCAGGAUAAGUUGCUUCCCUGCUUCGCUUUCUGGCAGAACUUAGAAAAGCUUGAAAAGCUUGCCGGGAGAUUGCCACUGGGGGUGGUGGGAAGAAUUUGAUGUUUCUCUUCAGUAAUAGGGUAACUGGUGGGAUGGCAAGCCAGUGACUACAAUCAUUGGAGGCUUCUCCAGUGAAGCAGGAGGCAUCCAAAUGACCUGUAGCUGGAGCAGAAAGGACCGUUUUCUCUCUCUGCUCCGACUCCCUCUAAAAAAUGGAGGGAACUUAGUUCUUACACACUUCCUCCAUGAGAAACAAACAAAUGCCCCCUUCUCUUGCUUUCUCUCCUUCCUUACCAAAAUGACCAAUUUGUCCAGUAGUUUCAUUGCUUCCGGCACUGCUUCCCUUUUUUUUUUUUUUUUUAAAGAUUUUAUUUAUUUAUUUGAGACAGAGAGAAUGAGAGACAGAGAGCAUGAGAGGGAGGAGGGUCAGAGGGAGAAGCAGACUCCCCGCCGAGCAGGGAGCCCGAUGCGGGACUCGAUCCAGGGACUCCAAGAUCAUGACCUGAGCUGAAGGCAGCCGCUUAACCAACUGAGCCACCCAGGCGCCCCACUGCUUCCCUUUUUGUCCCUGCCCAUCUGGAGAAAAGACCUACCAGUGAGUGUGCUUACCUAUGUUGAGGGUAGGGAGUCAGGCUGGGGACUGCUAAUAUUCUGCCGCUGAGAUCCAGAGACAAAUGUGGCAGAAAGGCCAUAGAAGGAACAAGCUCCUCAGGCUCCUCACCGCCAGCCUCAAAGGAGAAUCCAGAGUUGCCUAUGGUCUGGGAGGAGUAUUUGUCCUUUGGUAGGAUAGGAGGGUAGGAUGCCAAACCAGGACUUUGGUCAUUCGGAGUGGGACUUCGGGCCUCAGAGAGGAUUAAACAGCAGCACUUCUGAUGGGAUAUCAAAUCAGAAGUAUGAACAUUAGGAAUGUUACUUUAGCUUCUCCAUCCCCACAGGAGGUCUCUCCGGCCCUAUCCAGCUCCUUCUCUGUAAUUAUCAGAAAGGCCAGGAUAUGGGGUGCCUGGGUGGCUCAGUCGUUAAGCGUCUGCCUCGGCUCAGGUCAUAAUCCCGGGGUCCUGGGAUCGAGUCCCAUGUCAGGCUCCCUGCUCCGCGGGAAGCCUGCUUCUCCCUCUCCCACUCCCCCUGCUUGUGUUCCUGCUCUCGCUGUCUCUCUGUCAGAUAAAUAAAUAAAAUCUUAAAAAAAAAAAAAAAGGCUAGGAUAUAAAUUCUGGCUGGUCACCAGCCUAAAAGCAUCUCCCAUGGCUUCAAGCUUUCUAGAUUGCACAAUUAAUUGUGGGGCCUAAUUAGAGGUGAUCAGAAAAUCAGUCAGAAGCUUCAUAUGACAAGGCAUUUCUGUAUACUAUGGAUUUCCUACUCAUGGGUCCAUUAGCUAUCUUGAUUGUAUCCCAGACCCUCUAAAACUGAUAAUAGGAAUCCAGGUAGCUUGUUCCGUAAUAGGCAGGUCCAGCGCCCAGUGGUGAUAACGGGGUGGGGGACAUGAAGGCCGGCAUUAAAGGUCAGGGCAAAUGCUACAGAGACUUGUGGUUAAGGACUUAGGCCUUGGAGUCAAACGCAUGUAUUCACAUCCCAACUCUGCAAGGAUGCGGCCUACAUUUCCUCAUAUGAAAGUGAUUGUAAGAGCACCUGGGUGGCUCAGUCGUUAAGCGUCUGCCUUCGGCUCAGCUCAUGAUCCCAGGUUCCUGGGAUCAAGCCCCACAUCGGGCUUCCUGCUCACCGGGGAGCCUGCUUCUCCCUCUGCCUACUCUGCCUGCCGCUCCUCCUGCUUGUGCUCUCUCUCAAAUAAAUAAAAUCCUUAAAAAAAGAAAAGAAAGUGAUUG